GCCGAUAUCCACGAUGGAUGACGCGCCGGGAAUUCAUCUCGAGCAAUCACAAAGCUCUUGCCCCUUUCAUCUCAUUUUCCAAUUGCCACCAUGAAGUUCGCACUUGUCCUCGCCACUGUCGCCGCCGCUGUCUUUGCCCAAGACGAAGUUGCCUCCAAGAAGUACCCCAUCGAAAUCAUCGGUGGCCAUGAAGCCCAGGUCGGCCAGCACCGCUACCUCGCCGGCCUCAAGCGCUCGGUCAUGUCCACGUCCAGUUGCGGAGGGAGUUUGAUUGCCUCCAACAUCAUCUUGACCGCGGCGCACUGCACCGGCAAAGGCUUGCAUUUCGCCGUCGUCGGGACGCACUACUUGUCGGGAUCGUCCGACGGCGAGCUGGCCGCGAUCAUCAAGGAGAUCCCGCACCCCAAAUACUCGGAUUCGACCGAAGGCUACGACGUGGCCAUCCUCAUCUUGGAUCACGACAUCCCCGGUAUCGCGCCCAUCCCAGUGUCGUUUGAGACCGUGCCCGCCAACGUCAAGACGUGGGUCCGUGGCUGGGGCACCACGUCGUACGGCGGCACCCAGUCCAAGGUGCUCAAGGAAGUGAGCGUUCUGACGUGGGGCAACGCGCGGGCCACGGCUGCAUUGGCGCCCCGCAGCGUCGACAACUCGAUGUUGGCUGCGGGCGGCAAGCAGGGCGAAGACUCGUGCCACGGCGACUCGGGCGGCCCGCUGACGAUCGAGGACAACGGAGCGGCGCGCUUGGUGGGCGUGGUGAGCUGGGGUCUCAGCUGCGGCGACCUGACCAAGCCUGGCGUGUAUGGCCGUCUGAGUGCCAUGCGCGACUUCCUCGAGCCGUUCUUGGCAAAGAGAAACUUGCGCGUGCCGUACGUCGUUGGCAACGAAACUGAAAUGGCCGAGGUCGGAGAUAACGUAGUCAUGGACACGGAACAUUUGUUGGCGGGCUCUAAAGUGGAGUCGGAAGGCAGCAACUAGAUAACCUGUAUUUUGUUUUCUAGUCUUAACUAGUCAAUUGUGUCGGAGUUGUAUUCUUGCGAA